AUGUAUCGCAGCGCCGUUCGCUCGACACCUCGCGCCCUGAGCGCCGCUCGUCAGUCCGCAAUUCGCGCAGCCCCUCGACGAUUCGCCUCGACAACACCGGCCGACAAGCCCCGGUCAUGGAAGGGCUCGGCACUGAGAUGGGGUCUGGCUAUUGGCGCAAUCUACUGGUACAACACCAGUCCCGUCUUUGCUGAGGAGCCAAUUGCCCGGACAAUUCCCGCGCCUUCCCAGUUCUCCGAAUCUGACCUGACCACCGUCGAUGCUAUUGUCGAAGAGAAGCGCAAGCGAGCCAUCGUCAAGGCUGAGGAGCCCAAGCCCAAGCCCGCCGCCGCCGCCGCCGCUCCCGCUGCUGCUACCACCGCCGACUCUGCAGAGGCCGCCGACAAGACCCAAGCGACCGAGGCCGAAGGCGCACCGGCCCCUGGCUCCCCCCAAGCUCUCCAGGAGGAGGCUGACCAGCAGGGCGCUUUCAACCCCGAGACUGGCGAGAUCAACUGGGACUGCCCGUGUCUUGGCGGCAUGGCGGACGGCCCUUGUGGCGAGGAGUUCAAGGCUGCCUUCAGCUGCUUCGUUUACUCCACGGAGGAGCCCAAGGGCAUGGACUGCAUCGAGAAGUUCCAGGGAAUGCAGGAGUGCUUCCGUAAGUAUCCCGAGAUCUACGGUGCCGAGCUGGCCGACGAUGAGGCCCCCGAGGACGCUCAGCCUAUUCUCGACGCCAACGCCGAUGCUUCUGUGACGCCCCCUACCCACGCCGUCGAGGACAAGAAGGAGGACCAGAAGGAGACCACGGCCGACUCCCCCGACCAAGCUCCCAGAGCCGAGAUCAAGAGCGACACGGAGGUGAAGAAGAUCGAGUUGAAGCCCGAGGCCGAGAAGAAGAAGGAGGAGGCCAAGCAGGCGGCUUCUGCGAACGAGACUGUCGACCUCACCAAGCCCAACAACAAGGCAACGGAUGCCACCGCGGCGAACGAGAACUAA